AUGAAAUUUAAUAAUAUAUUAUUAAUAUUCUUUGUAACAAUUGUUACAUUUUCAUUUAUAAUUUCAAAUGUAAAUUGUAGAGAAUUUGAUUUCUCUGAACACCCAAAUGUUCAAGUAUUAUCAAGUAAAAAUAUUAAUUCAUUCAUUUCAUCUUCAAAACCUUCAGUAAUUGUUUAUUAUGGGAAAAUUGCAGAUCAAUAUUAUGAAGAAGAAAAUAAUGAAUUAUUAUUUGGAGUUUUAGAUUUAGAUACAGAUAUUAAAGUUAAAAAUUCUCAUUUAAUUGAUUCAACUCCAACUAUUAUUUAUUAUAAAAAAGGUGCUGAAAUUGCUGAAUUUGGUGGAAAGAAAACAAGAUCAACUUUUGAAAAAUUCUUAGAAAAUCCAUUAGCACCAAUUAAGUCAUCAACAGGACCGGGAUCAUGGAGUCAUAUUGAAUCACAAGUUGCACAUUUAAAUGUUCGUAAUUUUUCAUCAUACAUUUCAAAUCAUCCAGAAGGUGUUUUAGUAAUGUUUUUUACAGCUGGUUGUGGUCAUUGUACAAAGAUGAAACCUGCAUUUGGUGAAGCUUCUCAAAUUGCAAUUGAGAAAAACAUUGGUUCAUUAGCUGCUGUUGAUUGUGGUGUUUCACAGAAAGUAUGUGAAAAAUUUAAAAUUGAAAGUUAUCCAAAUAUCUACUUUUUCAAAGAUGGUAAAAAUGUUGAUAAAUAUAAUGGUGAUCGUUCUGUUAAUUCUUUAAUUGAAUUCUUGGAAAAUAAUAAUAAUAAUAAUAAUAAUAAUAAUAUUUCUUCAAAUAGUAAUAAAAAAUCUAAAAAAGUUAAAAAUGAAUUGUAA